AUGUCGGACGAAGUUGAAACCCAGGCAGGUGAACAGAAAAAAUCACAAUUUUCCGUUCAGAACAUCGUCAAAAUCCCCAACUUGUCGGUUGAGGAGUUGACAGAGCUUGAAAAGGAAAUUCUGGACGAAUUCAGAGAUAUCAGCAAAAGCUAUCUUGCUACUAGAUUAUCCAGAAUCGAUACUCUCAUUGAAAAGAUUAAUAAUCUGAUCAAAAUAACUACUGCUAAUGACCGCAACUGGUUGAAGAUCUACAAUUUCGAAAUCGAAACCAUAAAUAACAUUAAAACCAACACAGAAGACUUGGUUUUACUUUCUGGUGGCUAUAUACACAAUAGGGCUGAUAUACUAAGAUCCAUUGACGAAUACGAGGAAGAGUUGAAGGAAAUAUUCAAAAACUUGCAGAGCCCGUUGGAUUUUGAUGAAACGUUGGGAGAUCUCGAAAAUGAAAAUAAUAACAACGACGAAAACAGUACAAAGCUACCAUUUGCAUACCUUUUCGAAAGAUUUUUCAAACCUCAUACUAGAAGUUUGCAGACGAUUAUAAACGAGAAAGAUUACCAAUCUCGCUUGCUUCAGAACAACUCCAGCGGCAAUUCCGCUAUUAUAUGGAAACUGUACUACUACAAUUUGAUGCGCCGGAAACAUGAACUAGUUCAGCAAACGUUUUCUGAACUCAACAAUCUCUACAAAGAAUAUCAUUCUGUCAAUGACCAGCAACAAAUAGCCAGGGGUUGGAGUAAUUACUAUAGAUCUGUCAUUUCUCCUAUUGAUUUGAGGCGUACAUACGAUGAAGGAAACAACAACAAGCUCAAUCAUACAAUUUACAAUACUACCAACACCCAUGACUACAAGACCAUCCUCGAAAACAACCGUGAUUCCAACUAUUCCAAUUUGGACAACCUGUAUCUCCAAAAGAAUAGAAUUGAACUCACCAACAUCAGAAAGAAUAUUUUUUCUCAGCAGCAUCGUUUUAAUCACACUCAAAACCGUGAUUCUCAGACAUACUUGCUGGAUACAGAAGAGCCAGCGAAGAAAAGAGUCAAGUUGAAUACUUGUCUUGGCCUAGUCAAAGAUGAAAUUGAUGACGAUUUGAGCUUGUUAAGGAAAGAAAUCAGAAAGCACAAACAACUUGAUGAACCGGAA